CUUGGGGCGCUUGCCCUGCCCGGACACCGCUGAUGCGCGGUGGCCGCGCGCCCCGAUUGGGCCGCAGCGCGGGGUGGGGAGCGCAGAGCGGUGAUGGCGCGGCCGGCAGCGGUUCUGCUGCUGCUGCUCCUCAUUGCCGUGGUCGGCGGGGAGCGGCCGAACGUCCCGGCUCCAGAGGCGCCCAAGGUGGAGGUGUACUCCCGCCAGCACGUCGCAGCAGGCGAGGAGAACAUCCUCAACUGCUUUGUGAGUGGGUUCCACCCACCGCAGAUUGACAUCGCCCUCCUCAAGAACGGGGAGCCCAUGAGCGGCGUGCAGUACGCAGACAUGUCCUUCAAUGACAAGUGGUACUUCCAGCGCCUGGUGUAUGUCCCAUUCAGCCCCAAGGAUGGCGAGCUCUACGUCUGCAGAGUGACCCACGCUGGCUUCUCGGAGCCGCGGUCCUUCCAGUGGGAUCCUGACUUCUAAGCCAUGUCUGGGAUAAUCAUGGACUGAUAGAAUUCUGCCUUGCCAUUCAAAAUCACCUUGAGCUUCUGCCCUUUCUUCACAUCAUGCUUACAAUUGAGAAGAGCCGUUGUCUUCACUGCAAAAUUCCUACUGUCCCCUGUGGUUAAAGUUACCUCUGUGAACCUGCUAAAUUGCAUUCCUGGCUUUCUCCACCAUGGAAUUAAAAUGCAGGGGCACUAAGUGGAGAGGAAAUCCAUGUGGAGGGAAGGAGGGUGGUCUUGCACCCAUGAGGCAAUGCUAUUGAAGCUGCCGUGACGUGACCUGACCAUUGGGAGCCAAGUGGGUGGUGGGGUUGUAAUCCUGGAAAUUCAGGCUCUGUUGUGGGAGAUUUGUCACACAACCUCCCAGGGUUCCAAACUUGGACAUAAACACACCCCAAAAAAAACACUGUCUUUGAAACCCACUGUUCUGUUACAUCAUCUGCUCUUGGUAGUUCUUGUAGGCGCAGCUGUUGUUACUAAAACAAGCUUUACCUUCGGGGGUAUGGGCAAAGGUGUUAGCUGGACUGGUUUUUUUUUUUUGAGCACAUAGCUAUAACUUACUGAUUGAAAACUAAUUGUAACCCUGCAGUGCUUGGAAUUGCACAGGAUUUGUGUCUGAAUAAAGUUGGCAGACUUUGAGAGCCCUAAAA